CGCCAGCCAGGCUGUCACUCUCUUCCCCCCCAUUCUGUCUCAUCUCACUCGGCUGUCUGUCAUACUACAUCGUCACCAUCUUCAUCAUCAUCAUCAUCAUCACCAUCACCGUCUCGCUUCUCUCAUCUCAUCCCAUUGCGUCGUGUUUGCGGAGGCACCCACCUUCGUCCACAGGAGGCUGUCAGAGAGACACCACCAUUAUUCUGGUCGUCGCCUCCCAUCUAGCCUCCCCUGCUGCUGCUGCCGCCGCAGCUCGAUACCACGACCAUGUCGGACACCAAGAAGAAAAAGAAUAACAAGGGGAAUGGCUAUCUCCCGCCUCACCGGCGCAAGAACCCCCAACCCGCGCAGCUCUUCAGCCCCCCGCCGUCGCACCCCCAUCACGCCUCCAUCACCGCCUCCCCGUCCCUCCGCCCGCGCUUCCUCUUCCGGCUCCACACGCCCGCCUCCCAGGGCGAGACGUCGGCGCGCUUCGUCUCCUCCGCCGUCGCCGCCUCGCCGCGCCGCCCGCGCUCCGCCGCCGCCCGGUCCGCCCGCCGCGACGUCUUCGCCGUGGAGCCGCCCUCGCGCGCCGCCGACUCCAUCGCCGACCACCUCCGCUGGCGCAGCGCCGGCCCGGCCACCUCGCGCCGCAACCUCGUCUCCUGGUCCUCGUCGCUGCUCGUCGUCGUGCAGCACGGCCUGCGUCGCUACCGUCCCCGCCGCGACGGGCCCGACCUCGACCGCCUGCGCGUCCUCGUCGUCGACACCCUCGCCCUGCCCCGCGGCGCCUUCAUCAGCGACCUGGACCUCAUGGCCGCCUUCGCCCCCCACAGCGCAGACCUCGACGACCUCUACCGCCUGCGCAAGGGCGACGUCCGCUCCUCGCCCCACGGCCAGGCCUACUACUUUGGCGAGUACCUCAGCCAGGGCUACCUCCGCGUCGAGGGACACGCCCGCGACGUCAGCCUCCAGCGCCUCGUCGACUGCCACCUCUUCAGCCUGUGCCCCGGCCUGUCCGUCCGCCGUGCCUGGCCGCGCUGGGCCGACCGCGUCCUCGAGCUGCGCCGUGCCUACGGCGGGCCCUCCAACGGCGGCGGCGCCCGGCAGUCCGUCGACGUCGACCUGCGGGACGUGCGCCGCGCCAUCGUCCUCGCCAGCAGCUGCUUCGGCGAGGAAAACGCCCUGGUCCUCGCCAUCAUGGUCCUCGCGCUGCAGCCGCGAGACCCCGACGCUGAGCAAGCCAUCGUGACGCAUCUCCGAAGCAUGUUUUCAGCCAACGAGACACGCUAUGACGACCAAUUUGUCCUGUCCGACUGCCGGGGUAUGCCCGAGAUCAUACAGUACCAGCGCAUCAUCACGGCCCUGUUUCGCCCAGGUGGGACGGCCCUGGAGGAGCGCCUGGCAGCCCUGACGCUUGAUAACCCGCCCAAGGACUCACCUGAGCGCGUUGCCUUCGUACCUGUCGUGUACAGCUUGCCAGGCUCACAUCAGGACAAGUCCGAUGAUGACUGGGAUUUCGUCGGCUGAGGAUUCCAGCCCCCCAUCCCUUCUCUCCGGGCAUCCACCGGUUCCGUGUGGCUAUCAGAUGCGCCAACGUCCUUUCAGGGGUGCAGGUGGACAGGCGAUAGCCUUGCGGGCACACGAGGGUCUCGGGAGGACGAGAUGCAAUAUCCGCCUUCGUGUACUACAAUCAAGCUACGGCGCUCGCGCGGUGAUUCAAUGCCAUUUUCCAUGACGGAUGCCUAGAGCUGUCCAAUAACGCCACGCUCCCCC